UUCACUUCCUUUAUCUAACGGCGCUGCUGUCAUUCUGACAGCUCACACCUCCAGCUGAACUAAUACUCCGUAUAUUUACGCCACAAAAUCAAAAGCAGAUGUCUCGGGGCGUGAGAAAGAGGUUUGCUGAAGGUUAUAUCAUCAGUUAGCGCUCUAGAUGGUAUUAUCUGUAGUCGCGCUAGCUUGUUGAAGUAGCUUUGUUUACAUUGCUAGUCCAGAUCCAGCAGGGAGUUGACUACAGUAUAGAAAAGCUUCGGGGCUGUUCAAAUCAUCGCAGAUUUGUCUUGAAAGUGUUGUGUUUUUGCCUGUGCUUCUCUAAACCCUCAGUAUGGGGAUGUGUUUGCCCUGUUUGAGUGGAGCUGAGGAUGAUGUUGUGGUCACGCCAGACCCUGAGACGAGGAGAAAACAGCUAGCAGAGGCUGCAGAGAAGAGACAGAAAGAGACGACAUACCGAGGCAUCAAAGACCCGGAAGCCUUGGAAAGGAAAAAGAAGAAACAGGAAGAGAGCGAGAAACAGACCAUGAGCUCUGCGCCGUCAGGAGGAGGAGGGCUGAAGUGGCAGGUUGGCUAACACAGACUACAGGGAAGACCGCCGCCGUUUCUUCACUGGGGGUCAACCUUCAUCUGCCGAUUUUCAAACACUUUUCUCUUUCUUUCUUAUUUUGAAGUGUACACUAGCCAGGGGAGUUUGCGUAGGGACUAGACAUUUUGCCAAUCAAAGCUCCUAACACUGCAGGCCUUCUGAUUGGCCAGAGUGCACCAGGCCACGCCCAAUUUAAACGCCAAGAAGGAUUAGUUAGAGUGAAUUUUCCAGGACGACGAUGUAUUCUCUUACAAUCGUUCGGUUAAGGCCUCAUUUUCACACGCGCAGCUUUUGUACCGAUGUGCUUUGACAUCAAGAACACUUGAAGGUCAUUUAUUACGCAUUUAUACCACAGUUGAACAUGUUUUAUAUUGGAGUUUGGAGCCGUUUAUAUUUAUGCAUCGCUUGUGUUUUGGGUUUCGUGGUUUGGACUGUGAUAUUUAAGAGUGAGGUACUAGAUGAUGUGGGUUUGCACUUUCACUGCCUGCUGGUUGUACGAUUUGCUGUUCUCAUGAUGCGAUUUGAAUGUGCAUCACUUUAUCUGACCUUAAAGCCUUUCCCUAAGGGCUGUGGUUGUAAUACGUUAAGAAAAUGACACAUAUUUCUGUGUAUGGAUUAUGCAGCUGUGAACCCGAACCAAACUCACAUUGAGAUAUAUUUGCAAAGAAAUGUAUUUUAUCUAUAGGAGCUCUUGAGUAAAGUCUGCGUAAUGCCUUUGAGGCAUUUCUUUUUAGGACAAGUUAUGCUCGUGACCGCUGCCUUUUCAAUGCCUGACAGGGAAACGGAGUCGCAUGGAUCAAUAAUCAGCACAAAUCUUCAUUCAGAUUGAGUUAUUAGCAUAUGUUGUAUUACAAUAAUACAGGUAAUCAAUCAGAGAAAGUAUCGCAGUUGCCUGUGUUAACCAGUAGAGGGCAGUGGUGCACUGUCUGAUCAGGAACUGAUGUAGAAGCACAGACGCACAGUUUCUGCUUUAAUAAAGAGUGUGUGUUGGAUUGCA